ACCCGCAGUCCCUGUUUUAGUAUGGGUCUCUAUAUAACGUUUCAUUUUGCAAAAAAACCCCUGUACUCAUUUGAAUUUCACUCGCUGUCCUCCCGUCAUCUUAUCCAUUCCUCCUGCGGCAACGGCGGCGGCUACGCCCAUUCCGUCGUGCGCCGUCGACGGCCAUCGCCGGCGUGUGGCCACGGCGAAGGUGGUCGGCCCAGACGGCUCUUUGGUGCAGUUCGCGGCGCCCGUCAUGGCGGGCGAGGCGCUGGGGGACGCCGCCAGCGCGUCGAGCUUCCUGUGCAGCGCCGACGAGCUCCGCUUCGACGCGCCCGCCCGUGCGCUGGCGGCCGAGGAGGCGCUGCAGCCCGUGUGGCUCUACUUCGCGAGCUCCGCUUCGACGCGCCCGCCCGUGCGCUGGCGGCCGAGGAGGCGCUGCAGCCCGGGUGGCUCUCCGGCCUCCACGAAAGGAAGGGUCCUCGGCCGGAACCUCCAUCAGGUUGCGUGCUUGGACCAGCAAAUCCAUCAAAUUCCGGAGUACUUGGACCAGAAAACAUGUCGCCUUCGAGUUCGCCGGAGGAAGAGACGCCGAGUUCGACGGAGGUAGAAGAACAUCCGUCGAGCCGUCCAAUAUCGACAACGGCGGCUACAGCAGACGUAUGUAGCCCCUUGAAAGCCAAAUCACUACAAAGGAAAUCAAGGCCGUCGUCUCCGUCAACUUCGCCUUCGCUGACUUUGCCGCAAGGCCAUCUGCCAUCGCCUCUGCGGACUGCCGGAAGACCAUCAGCGAUCGCCUAGACCUACUUUGCCGCAUGUACUUUUGAAGCAUCUGAUGGGUCUCAUCUUUUUGUCAAUUCGUCAGUUUACUGUAGCUAAUAUAGCUGUUGCCAACAGUAGACUACAUUUGACUGACAAGCAACACAUAAUGCCAUCCUACAUAUAUGGAUUCUGUUUGUACUUGAUAGCAGCAGACUAAAUUUUUGUUUCUGUUAUGGUUGAAGACUUGAAGUGCACAGGGUGUUGUUUGAUCUAUUUUCAAAUGAUACUGGUACACACAUGAAUUGUAAAGACUUAAAAUUAUGAAGGAUGAUUAACCAUAUAUAUAGUUGAGAAUCUAUUUGUGCUAA